UCUGCAGGGAAAUUAUUAGCUCAUGAGUGUGACUUCCCAUGGGUUAUAUUUAUUCCUUCACUGUAGAGGAAAUUGAUGGAGUCAGAGAAUUGUUUCAAGCAGUCCUCAUGUCACCCUCUACAAGCAUCAUUCUCUGACUUUAAAUGCACUCUGUAUUGAAAAAUACUACCAUGAUAAUGGGUGAUAUGGAUGAUGGGGAACGGAAAGUGGUGAAUGAGUUCUGUCAUUUAUUAGAAAAAUCCAAGCAGCUCUUCAAUGGACUCAGAGAUCUCCCACAGUAUGGACACAAGCAGUGGCAAGCUUAUUUCGGAAGAACAUUUGAUGUGUAUACCAAACUUUGGAAGUUUCAGCAGCAGCAUAGGCAAAUACUUGAUGCCAAGUAUGGAUUGAAGAGGUGGCAGAUAGGAGAGAUAGCCUCCAAGAUUGGACAGUUGUACUACCACUAUUAAUCUGACUUGAUGGUGAAGAAGCUGAGGUAUUAUGCCAGGUUUAUAGUUGUUUGCCUCUUGCUCAAGAAGGUCAAAAUGGUGCGAGAUCUCAUCCGAGAUCUAGGCAAGCACAUAGAUGACUACACUUCCACCUAUGAACCUGAGGAUCAGCUGGAAUGGUCACUGGUUCUGGGUGAAAUCAAAGCAUUCUUGGAGGCAGAUCAUCCGAUCACGAUUCUGGACCAUGAUUCCAGCCCUGUCAUCCCAUCACAUAGGCUCAGCCCACAGAAUACACCACCUGUGGACAAGUCCCCAUCUAUGAAUCUCAUGCUUCAGGAAAUCCUCAUUGUAGGGAACUGCUCAGAUCAGGUGAAAUUCAGUGAACUAACUGUUGACAUGUUCAGAAUUUUACAAACACUGGAGCGGGAACCACAAGAGGAUGCCAUUAAUAUUUAUGACACUUCUCCAGCUCCAUUACGGCAGCCAAUGGAAAACGGUGACAAGCCAUCAAGACGGGAUAACCCUCACAAGUACCUUCUGUACAAACCUUCUUUUUCACAACUUAUGGUGUUCCUGGCUUCAGGUUUCAAGGAAUUGCCUCCCAAUGGUGCUCUGUUGCUAUACAUAUCAGCUGAUGGAUGCUGUCCAACUAUGAAAACACCUGAAGAUCCUGGCUAUGAUCAUGGAGGAGUUGUGACCAACAGCAAGCGAGGUGAUUCAGAGCAUGUGGGGAACAAGAGGUCACUUGGAACCAGAGAUAUGCAUUGUUUAUAUCCAGGAGAUUUGUGGCCCUUCACAAGAAAGCCACUCUUUCUGGUCAUUGAUUCUGACAACAGUCAUGCUUUCAUGAGCCUGCCUAGGUAUUUUGGGCAAGGCAUUGUUGCACUUCUCUCCCCACUGGAAGUCCCUCCUCCUCUGCGAGAUCAGCAGCACAGGGGCAGCCUGUUCACUUUGUUUUUGCACAGUCCCCUUUGGGGACUGUGUGUUGUGACAGGUGUAUUAGAGGUUCCCUUCUCAGUUUGGGACAGAUGCCAAACCCUGUUGGAUCGAUUCAUGGCUGAGGCUUCCAGGCUGAUCACACGAGCUCGGAAUGUUGACUCUGCAUUCAUUCAUUUUUUUGGCGAUGACUUCCUUCGACUUCUGAUACUACGCUAUGUUUUCUGCAACAUUACCUUCAGACUCCACCGGGCUUUCAAGGGUCCUCAGUAUCAGUCAGUGAGUGUCCCUGAACUACCAGAAGCAGAAGUAUUAGAACAUCCCAAUCUACAUAGACUCCUCUGGGAAAUGGCCAGCCUCCUUGACAUUCGCUCACACUUCUAUGAUCCAGGAGAGCUGGAUUGAUGAUGAAACAUGAGGUACCAUGCUAAUUAUUCCAAAUCCCAUUUUGAAGAAUGCCAAAU